AUGGUUCCGCCCAUGGGUCUACUCAACACCCUAGCAGUUCUCCAAGCAUGGAUCGCAAAGAAUGAACUAGCCGGAAUAAGUGAGAGCAAAAUUGGUUGGAUCUUCAGUUGCUAUGCUUUCUUCAUCACUGCUUGUGGUGCUCAAGUUGCUUACUACCAAUUUCUACUUUCCUUCGGCGUCUUGGGUGGUAUAUCCUCAUCACUUAUUUUCACUCCCAGCCUAUCAGCGAUCGGCCACUGGUUCUGCAAACGUCGAGCCUUUGCGACAGGCGUGGCUUGCUCAGCGGGUGGUAUCGGUGGUAUUGUCUUCUCACUCAUCAUUCUCUACCUCACACCGCGGAUCGGCUUUCCUUGGGCAAUCAGAGUAAUCGCGUUCCUAUCACUCGGCCUUCUGGUAAUUGCGAACAUUUGUCUACGAAAGCGUAUUCCACCGAUUGCCAAGCCAAGGUUAUACAUCGACUUUGGACUUUUCAGAGACAUCAACUUUUCUGUCACCGUUGUUGCGAUCUUCCUUGUCGAAUUCGCAGUUUUUAUUCCAUACACAUACCUGUGCUCAUACGCUUUGGCAUACAACUUCGCUCCCCAAGAAGCAUACCUUUUGAACGUUCUUCUCAACACAGGCGCUAUACCAGGACGAGUCUUACCAGGCUACAUAGCUGACCGCUUCGGCGCUUUCAACACCAUGAUUUUUACAUCACUAUCAUGCGGCGCCUUCGUCCUGGCGCUCUGGCUUACAGCAGGCGACUCACACCCUCGCGUGAUGGCAUUCUCUGUCCUAUUUGGCUUUUGGUCCGGUGCUGCGAUUAGUCUCUCGCCAGUUUGUAUAUCUCGAGUGUGCAAGAUUGAGGAUUACGGGAAAUCCAACGGCAUGGCCUACUUUGUUGCGAGCUUUGGUGCUUUGAAAUAUGCCAACAGCUCAACUUCCCUAUAUCAAAUGUACUAA